AUGGCCAAAUCCUUCCCAGUACUCUGCUCACUUCUGUUCUUUAUCCUGAUACAUUUGACGUUACCUUCGGUUUCAGGCCCUCCACACUGGUGGCCACCACAUGGAAAUAUUAAGGUGAAAUGUCCAUAUAAGAAAGGAUUGAGUUGGUUCAAUGGAACAGUGAACCCCUGCCCUGGUAUAUAUCAACCCAUCUGUGGCAACAAUUUGGUAACCUAUGAAAACCCCUGCAUCUUGUGUGUUGAGAGCAUGAAAUCUCAGGGAAAAAUUAGAUUUCUGCAUGAUGGAAAAUGCUGA